AUGCAAAGCACGUUUACGGAUUACACGAUUACGUUUUUAAUCAGAUUUCCUUUUCGGGGCGUUAGGUCUCCAUUCCCACUUUCACUUAUUCACUUAUUUGUCCACUCUUUAGGUGCUUCCAUUUGUUCAGUGUCGCCUUUCCAGCCUCACCUUUCCCAGCCUCACCUUUCCCAACCUAUCCUUUCCCAGCCUCACCUUUCCCAGCCUCACCUCCAGCCUCACCUUUCCCAGCCUCACCUUUCCCAGCCUCUCCUUUCCCAGCCUCACCUUUCCCAGCCUCUCCUUUCCCAGCCUCACCCUUCCCAGCCUCUCCUUUCCCAGCCUCACCCUUCCCAGCCUCACCUUUCCCAGCCUCUCCUUUCCCAGCCUCACCCUUCCCAGCCUCACCUUUCCCAGCCUCUCCCUCACCUUUCCCAGCCUCUCCUUUCCCAGCUUCACCUUUCCCAGCCUCUCCUUUCCCAGCCUCUCCUUUCCCAGCUUCACCUUUCCCAGCCUCUCCUUUCCCAGCUUCACCUUUCCCAGCCUCUCCUUUCCCAGCCUCUCCUUUCCCAGCCUCACCUUUCCCAGCUUCACCUUUCCCAGCCUCUCCUUUCCCAGCCUCUCCUUUCCCAGCCUCACCUUUCCCAGCCUCACCUUUCCCAAACCGUGACUUAGACACAAUUUUGUGUAGAAUUUGAAGAAUUAAAACGCAUUUGCUCGUAAUAUCAUGAACAUAACACACGAUGUGCGAACAAUAAAUCCACUGGUGUGUGUGUGUGUGAUGGAUCAGGCUGCUUCUACAUUUACCACCUGAUACAAAAUAGAUGAAUGUCCACCGUCACUGGUUACGUCUGCAUGACUGUUUGUUCUCAAAGGCCAAAAAUACACAUCUCUUUUACUUGGAAUCAAUAGGAAUCUAUAUAUUCUGUAUAUAAGUCAUAGAUAUAUUUUAGAUAGUUGGAAGCGGAGGCUUAGCCGUGCUCACUGUUGAUUGGAUAAAGUGUUUAUUUUCUUGAUACAUUUUUGUUCGCCUGAGAUUGUAACUAUAGAGCUGAUUACUGCAGUAAGCAACACAAAUAUAUUUAGUGUAAUAAAUAAAUAAAUAAACCAAUAAGACAUAAUUUAAGGCUCAUUUUUAAUCCGCACUGAGAGGAGCAGGUUCGCUAACAGGUUACCUUCAGGUUCACAGUAGGAUCAGGUGUUUAUUUCAUUUAAAUUUCUCUGGUUUAGUUUGUGGUCACUUUCAGUGUGAACAUCACAGCAUUUUCAUCACAGGUUAAAACGCUGCAUCAUCACCGACACGUCACUCAUCACCCAGUCAGGACUUUUUCUUUAUUUAUUUCCUUUUCAUUAGCGUCCUGUUUAUAUCGUCUCAGUCUCACACAGCGAUAUUUAUUAAUUAUCUAGAGUUGGCAUUUUGCAAUAAUUUGGUUUAAGUUGUUUACUGUGACUGUUAAAUCUCUUCCCCAUGAGCACUGAGCAAGAACAUCAUCCUUCUGCUACAAAGACAUUCAGCUCUCAUCAUUCACUAUAUUCAUUGUUCAAUAGCAAUCAAACAAAUUGGCUGGAAAUAUGAAUGAAGUAUGUUUAUAAAUUCUGUGUUCCUCUUUUUUUUAUUUGUACAUGUUUCACUGGGGAUCAUUCGUUCAUCUGGUUUGCACUUUUACAUUUUUUUUAUUGUCGUUUUUUAUUUGUUAAGAUGUAAAUUUUAGGAUUAUGUCAUUGUAUUGCCAUAGAUUUGCUCUGUCUUCAUUUUAAAUUAAAUGUACUGUAUGUUUUUAUAAAAAUGCCUAGUUGUAACUGCUCAAGGAAACUGAAGUAUCAGAGGCAAUAAAUAAAAGUUGACUUCAGA